AUGUCCAACGAAACUAAUGGAAAAGUAUAUUUUACAACCGAAUAAGAAGGUAUAUAUUAAUUUUGUAUUGAAAGUACAUUAUCAUCUGGUGUGAAGAUGCUUAUUGAUUAUAAAACAGGUGUUGAAGCAAAAGAUUAUUCCAUGUUAAAAUAAAAGGAUGAUUUUUAACCUAUUGAUUUAGAAGUUAAGAAAAUGGAAGAUAUGUUAAAAACUAUUGGUAAAGAAAAGAAAAUGUUGGGUAGAAAAGCUGGAAAUAUUAGUAGAUUUACAGAUGAUGUGGGCUUUAAAGUUAUGGCUUUUUCACUUAUUACAUUAUUACUUCUUGCACUUUUAACAAUUUUUUAGAAUAUUUAUUUAAAGACUUUCUUUAAAUAAAAAAAGCUUAUAUGA